CUUAAAUCAUGCAUUUGAAUAUUGAACUGCUUUAAAAAUGGCGUUUAUAUUUGAAAAAAUAAUUCUUCUUCUUGCAAUUAAUUAUCAUUUAUUAUUAGCUCAAAACACAAGUCCUGUUGCUGUUCUUACAUGGAAUUUCCAUAAAGCGGCCCAAAAAGCGUGGUAUACGUUGUUUAAUGAAAAAAGAAGUGCUCUGGACGCAAUUGAGGAAAGUUGCAAUUUUUGCGAGAAUAAUGGUGGAGAAUGUCGUUGGGAAGUAGGUUUAGGAGGUUGUCCUAACGAAAAUGGAGACACUACAUUAGAUGCUCUUCUUAUGGAUGGAGUAACUAUGAACGUUGGAGCUGUUGGUGCAGUUAAAGAUGUAAAGAAUCCAAUAUCAAUUGCUCGUAAAGUUAUGGAAAAUACUGAUCAUACUUUACUCGUGGGUGAAAGUGUCACUCAAUUUGCCAAACAAAUGGGAUUUGAAACUCAAUCAUUAAAUACAGAAGAUUCAAAAGAAAAAUGGCAGAAAUGGAAAGAGAAUAGCUGUCAGCCUAAUUAUUGGAUGAAUGUUGUACCGGAUCCAGCAAACUCUUGUGGUCCUUAUACACCAAUUAAAGGGACAGAUAAGCAAGAGCAGAAGGUAUAUUCACCCAUAGAUAAUGAAAUACAUCAUGAUACAAUGGGUGUACUUACAUUGGAUGUUAAUGGAAAUGUAGCUGCUGGAGUAUCAACAAAUGGUUUAGAUUAUAAAAUUCCCGGUCGUCUUGGAGAUUCACCUGUUGCCGGUGCUGGUACUUAUGCAGAUGCGACUGUUGGUGCCGCCGCUUGUACUGGUGUUGGCGAUAUUUCACUCCGCUUUCUACCAAGUUAUACUGCUGUUGAAGCAAUGAGAAAUGGAGCAACACCUGCAGAAGCAGCAAAGAUUGCAGUCAAUAGAAUGGCGAAAUUUUAUCCAAAGCAUUCACAAGCCGUUAUUACAAUGAAUAAUAAAGGAGAAUAUGGAGUUUACUGUCAUGGAUUUCUUACAUUUAACUACAGUUUUCCUUACCAUGUCGCUAACGAAAAAUUAGGAGAUGCAACAUUAAUGUAUCAACCUUGUUUCAAUACUGCUCAUUUAUUUACCAACGACAGCAGAAAGUUAAUUUACAAUUACAUAUAAUAAUCGUGGUAUUCUUUUCAGAUCUCUCUUGAUUUAAAGAAGAAUUUUUUCUUAAAUUAACAUUUAAAAAAUUUUUAUUUUAUUAUUAUUAGUAUUUUUCAGAAAAAAAGAUUUCAAUUUUCAAGAAAAACAUUAAAAACCUAAAAAAUGUAUAUUUUGUUUCUACAAGUUUAAGAUGAUCGAAACUUUCUGUCAUAUCAUUACUUAAUUAUUCUUCACAUUACUUUUAUUUUUCUCAUUUUAUUUUACAUAACAUUCUAUUUAAAAAAAAACCAAGAGAAAAUCUUUCAAAGUUCAAUCACGUUUGUUAAAUGAUAAAUACACUCCAACAUUAUAAUAUAAAUUUUAUAAUAUAAUAGAAAUGUCAAAUAUGACGAGUGUAUAAUAAAUAAAUAAAUUUGAAAAAAUAA